AUGUGUACAGAAAUCACGGACCUCGCUCAAGAUCAUUUUACCUCAGGUUUGACUAAACUCAAUACACCUAUCAAUGCUUACUAUAAUCAUUACAUAAAUUUAUCAUUGCCUAACGAUAAAGUAUUUGCGACAUACGUUUGGAUUGAUGGAAGUGGAAUUAAUUUGCGAUCUAAAGAUCGUAUUUUGGAGGGAGCUCCAUGUGACCUUGCAAUGGUUCCUAAAUGGUCCUUUGAUGGAAGUUCUACAGGCCAAGCUGAAACUUCCGAUUCUGAUACACUAUUAAUUCCUUGUGCAAUUUAUAGAGAUCCGUUCCGAAAAAGUCCACACGUAAUAAUACUUUGUGAAACAUUUCAUGGUGAUGGUUCCCCUACAGCUACUAAUCACAGAGCGAAUUGUGCAAACGUUAUUAAUAAAAUAGCUGACCAGGAUCCUUGGUUCGGGAUUGAACAAGAAUAUACUAUGUUCGAUACAGAUAUGUGGCCACUUGGAUGGCCAAAAUGUCGUGGUUUUCCAGUAACUGAAUCAAAAUUUUCUUAUUGUGGUAAUGGAGAACACGUUGCUGGUAGAGAAAUUGUAGAAUGCCAUGCAAGAGCGUGUAUUUAUUCUGGCAUGGACUACGAGGGAUCUAAUGCUGAAGUUAUGAAAGGAUCAUGGGAAUAUCAAGUUGGAACCACUUUAGGAAUAAAAGCAGCAGAUGACUUGUGGGUAGGAAGAUAUAUUUUAAAUAGAAUAGCGGAACAUUUCAGUACAAUCAUCAGUUAUCACCCAAAACCAAUGGGGAAGGAUCAACCAGGUAUAGGCUGCCAUCACAAUUUUAGCGUAAAGAAAAUGAGAGCCGAAGGAGGAAUAAUGGAAAUAGAAAGAGUUAGCAAAACCCUUUGUGACUUGCAUUUGAAGCAUAUGAAAAGUUAUGGACUUGGAGAUGGGGACGAAAACAGAAAAAGACUUACAGGAAAAUUUGAAACAGCUUCUUUCGACACAUGCAAGUGGGCAGUGGCAGACAGAGGAGCAUCAGUAAGGAUUCAAAGAGGAGUAAAAUUAAAAGGAAGAGGUUUUCUUGAAGACAGACGUCCAGCUGGGGAUUGCGAUCCGUAUAGAGUUUGUGCUCUUCUUGCAGAAACUUGUCUUAAUUGA